AUGACGAAUACUGCACUCAAGAAUCUAGACAUGUUUCACCACCUCUGUGGUGAUCAGUCGCUAAAGAACGUGAUGUUUCUGACUACAAAGUGGGACAAAGCGUCCACUUCUUUUGCACAAAAACACGAAGAAGAACUUACGAAGAAUGUCUGGUCUGGCAUGAUUGAGCUAGGUUGCUCCCGGCCAAAGCGGCUGGGUGGAGUAGCCAAUUAUUCCUCUGGCAUCGUUGAUCCGAUCUCCGAUGUUAUCGCACGAGUACUCAAGUUUCAGCCCAGCUGGUUACUGAUACAACGUCAGCUGGGAAGUGGACAACAUAUCCUUGAUACUACAGCUGGUCAAAAAGUUGACCAAGAUCUAUCUUUAGAAAUCAAGAAAACCCAGGACAGCUUCAAUUCAACGUUGGCCCAGAUCGAGAAGUCACAUGAAGAUACAAUACGGGCUGCUUUGCAGGAUGAAGCCGACGAGUACGUACGUGAGCUCGCUGAAGCCCAGGAACAUAAGAAGGCUUCGGAAGCGAGUUUCGAAAAGGUAAUGAAGGCAGAGGAAGAACGACUUAUGAAGAUGGAGGAAGAACGGCGUCGGAAGAUGGAGGAAGAACGGCGCGAAAAGGAGCAGGAAGAAUGGAAUAACAAAAUGUACAGAUACGGCAUAGAUGCGACGGGUGCCGUUCUUGGUGCGGGCGGUUGGAUGCUCUUUGAGGGUAUCGGCAUGCAAAUACAGAUGGCUGGUUCUCUGUUGAAAGAUGGGGGACUAUUCACGCCUGUCAAACUGUUCCGAGGCACCAAAAUCCAGAACUGCAGAUAA